UUUUACCAGUUUGGUUUUUUUCUCGCUCAAAAAUGCAUUAACGAUCUGAAAAUGCAUAAAUUGCACCGUGCAUGUGCCCCUAAACAGCAACCAAAGAUAGACACACAACGCGAACCAUCGUGCGUAGGCGAUGCAAACAGCUGUUCGAAUCCAGAAUUUAAAGCGCAAAAAGUGUCCACAAAAACUUAACGGAGAGCACGAGCACGAAAGCCUGAGAGCCUGCCAACGUGAGAGAGUGGGAGCAAGAGAAAGCUUUUCGGAUGUGUGCGUAUUUUAGGUGAACUUCGGCGCCGUUCAAGCAACGCGUUGACACUCAGUCGAACGGGCAACGAAGUUGCAGACGCAACAAAUUUUGUGGUCAGCGGGUCGUGGCUCGGUUCUUAGGCAUUGUUUCUCCUGUGGUGGUGCGUGGCAGCGGCAGAGCCCAAAGCGCAGCUUCUGUUAUUGUUUAUGCACACAGACAGCGCGCAAAUACACAUACACGCAGAGGCACACGCACACAGGCACAUGCACACAGGCACAUGCCAAUUUUUACACAUACGACGAAAUCGUACGCAGCAAAACAGCGAAGCUAUUUUAGUACGCUGCUCUAGCGCUCAGUGACGUCACAAGUUUGAUCGCGAAAGCCACAGUUGUAUAAGAGUGACAAAUAUAACAACAAUAGUGACAGCAACAGCAACGAUGAAGCAAAUCUACCGCAUUAACUUACGGCACUUAGUGCGUCACAUACAGAAUCGACAACAAUUGCCCGCCAACAACAAUUACCGUAAAUUCACCUGCCUGGCGAAUAGCAACAAUGACAGCCGCAUCAGCAACAUUAGCAAAAGCAGCAGCAGCAGCAACAACAACAACAACAGCAGCAGCAGCAACCUGCAGCAACAUUUGCCCAUCUGUAGCCGCAAAUACUCCAAGUUCAGCACGCACCUGAACAGCGAACGUGCCAUGGAGCUGCUCUGCAAUCUGGAUGCAGAUGAACGCCAUAAUUUAAGGGAUGCAAUGUUUAAGCUUGAAGCGGACAAGGAGAAGAAACAGUACGAAAGUCAACUGGCUGUUGGCAGUUGGCGAACACGCUUCGGACGUCUAUCCAAUAAGGUGGGCCAGGUGGAUCCAACGGGCACCUUUUGUGCGGUGCCCGAUGAGUGGCUCAAAAAGAAACUUGUCGAGGCGGCGGAACCACCAACGGCUCGACAAUUGUAUAGCAUUUUCUUUGUGAAUGCCGUGCCAUUUGUAGCAUUUGGCUUCCUGGACAAUUUCAUUAUGAUUAUGGCCGUAAGUAUUGGUCGCAUCAUUGGCAUCACAGCUGGCUGCCUGAUCGGAAUGUGUCCCUUGUGGGUAAUGAGUGAAGAAUCAAAAAAUAAGGCAGAGGACUAAUUUGGCUGUUUAGUGUAAAUGUCUUAACUAGUGUAAAUGGUCAAUUUGAAUAGAAAAUGGGUUCGCAUUCUGCCCAAAACACACAAAAUAUCAUUUGUGUUUUUUUUUUUUGUGCUUGUAUUUUCCGCAUUGCCACAACUAUUGAAUUUUAGGGUCUUAAGAGAUUAAAAGAUGGGACAAUGCUCUGCAUAGUUCUUACUUAGUCAAGCGAACUAAAGUGACACUCAAUGUACCUACUAACUAAAUACUAUUUAAGAUGAAAUGUGUUUGUAAUUAACUAGGCUUUACAAUUAUAUACUUCCUGACUGCACUUUUUAGAGA